AUGGCGGCUGGCCCAACCUCCCCCUCCGAUCGACCCACCAUGGUCCCUCCCCCAAUGCUCUUCUCAGACACCAUCGCAAAGGACGCCAUCAUAGCCUGGUUCCGAGGCGAAUUCGCAGCUGCCAACGCCAUCAUCGACGCCCUCUGCGCUCACCUCGCCGCUUCCGCCCAUGACUACGACGCUCUCUUCGCUGCUAUCCACCGCCGUAGGCUCAACUGGAUCCCCAUCCUCCAGAUGCAGAAGUACCACUCAAUCGCCGAUGUCACCCUUGAGCUCCGCAGAGUCUCCGAAAGAAACCACAACGGCGAUACCGACGUCAACUCCGACGACAAGCGCAAAUCCAACAAAAAAACGACGUCGCUGGAGAGUGUCGUCGGAAAUGGUACUGCUUAUGAACACGAGGAGUACGAGUCCCCCGAGAGCGAGAUUACUGAUUCAGGAUCUCAAGAAAUGCAGGCUAGUCCUAUGAACGCUAGUAUAUGUUCCAAUCAUGAAGAUUGUGAAGGACGUUCCUCACAAUUUAAGUUGACCAAAGGUUUCACAGCAAAAGAGUCGGUGAAGGGACAUAUGGUGAAUGUAGUAAAAGGAUUGAAGUUAUAUGAGGACAUUUUCACAGAUUCAGAACUGUGCAAGCUGACAGACUUUGUGAACGAGAUCCAUGCUGCUGGCCAGAAUGGGGAACUGUCUGGUGAAACUUUUAUAUUAUUCAACAAGCAGAUAAAGGGAAACAAGAGAGAGCUGAUUCAACUGGGUGUUCCAAUAUUUGGACAGAUAAAGGAGGAUGUAAAAAGCAAUAUAGAGCCAAUUCCAGCACUUCUCCAAGGUGUCAUUGAUCACCUUAUUCAGUGGCAAUUACUUCCCGAGUACAAAAGACCAAAUGGUUGUAUCAUCAACUUUUUUGAAGAGGGGGAGUUUUCUCAACCAUUCCUCAAACCACCGCAUCUGGAUCAACCUGUGUCCACUCUUCUUCUCUCUGAAUCAACUAUGGCUUUUGGGCGUAUACUUAUGAGUGAAAAUGAUGGAAACUACAAGGGACCUCUCAUGCUCUCAUUGAAGCAGGGGUCUCUUUUAGUGAUGAGAGGAAACAGUGCUGAUAUGGCAAGGCACGUAAUGUGUCCAUCCCCUAACAGAAGGGUCAGCAUCACCUUCUUCAGAGUUAGGCCAGACUCCAAUCAAAGCCAAUCACUAACUCCUGCCAUGGCAAGUGCGAUGACUCUGUGGCAACCUGGCAUUGCCAGUCCAUAUGCUUUGCCAAAUGUUGCUCUGAGUAGCUAUGAAGGUAUGGAAAUUAUGCCAAAAUGGGGAAUGCUUCGCGGCCCAAUGGUGAUGGUAACUCCUGUGCGUCCUGUGGCACUGAACCCCCGCAAACUUGCUGGAGGUGGAACUGGUGUGUUUUUGCCAUGGAAUGUGCCAUCUAGAAAACCUGCCAAGCAUCUUCCCCCACGUGCCCAAAAAGGGAGGCUUCUCACAUUGCCUUCCCCUGUUGAACCACAAGUGGGAGAGUCCACUUCCGAACCAAGCAUUUGUGUUGAAGGUUAA